ACUCAAUUUGACUCAACUCAAAUGUCACCAACAUCCCUUGGCAUCUCGGAUUCGAUUCCCCGCAACCCGCAACCCGCUCCUCGGCCCUGACCGAUUGGCCUGACUCUUUCGUUCGAAUGACAGACCCACCUUCCAAGGUUGUCAAGGCAACAAAGCCGGCCAAGCCCUAUAUCCGCCAGUACUCGCCCUCGGCCUCGUCCAAUUCGUCCAACUCGUCGCACGACCGGUCUGCUCCUAUCCGACCCCAACCCCAGGCCGCCCGAGACUCACCCACGAGAAGCCUCAGGCCUCCAGCUCCCUCACCGCCGCGACCGCCCGCAACAACCUUCCCGGAUGGGCGUCCUUCUAUGGCGUGGGGCUCAUCCCGAUUGGACGAGCCCUCGACCCCUCCUCCCCCAGCCGUGAUCCCCAAGGUCGUGGCCUCGGGCAUACUUUCGCCGCCCUCGUCGACCGACUCGUCCUCCCAAUCUGUUGCUCCGAUGGCUUUCAGGCCCAUCCCCGUGACGAUGCCCUCGCCCCCGCCUCAGCCCUAUCGUCCCAAGCCAAAGAUCUCGCGGCCCCCGAAGCCCCCCAUGAGCAUCGUCCGCCCGAACCCAGCCCUGGUCAACCAUGUACCGGCUGCGGCAGCUCUGUCGCUGGUGCCCUCUUUGGCUGUCCAACAGCGUGCCUGCAUGGUCUGUCUGACCAAGAAAACUGGCCAGUGGAGACGAGGUCCUGCUGGCCCCCGAACCCUCUGCAAUGCAUGCGGCCUCGAGUGGACACGCAAGAUUCGCCACGAGGCCCAGCGCUUGGGCAUCUCAAACCAAGAGGCCGAAAAGAGCCUCUCUGUCCAGGAGCUGGAACACGGCAUCCUCUCCCGACACCACCGACCAGUCUCGAGCGAGGACGACUGGAGCAACUGAGCGCCUCGGUCUGGUGGCCAUCGUGGCUCACCUGCGGCGUCAGCCGGUGCCUCGGUCCGUGCUCCUGCCGCCUCGUCUCGCUGUCGUCGCUUACCUUUGCU